CCUGCACAAUGUAAAGACAAACAAGUCCGGGUCUGCAGAGGGACGAUGAGUUCGGGGAUUUAAUAGCUGUCAUCUCCACUCGCUGCAGAGUUGCACGUGGAGCUGCGUGGAUGAUGGACGCAGCGAGCACAGACACCCCCGUCAGCCCUGAGGAGGUCAAGGUGCAGAAAGGAUUUGAGACAAAGUGAGUCCAUUCAUCAUAACUUUACUGCAGUUUAAUGACACCGUCUUAAGUUUACAGGCAACUCAACUGGUCAAAAUCAAAAGUCUGGUGGUCACAAUUUAAGGUCAGGUGACUUUAAUGUCUUUAUUUCUACAUUAUCUACACGUGUAAUAACCCAUUUGAAUAAUUUAUUAUACCCUUAGAUGUGCCAAAAUAUUCAAGAAUCCUUUUGUCACCAAGUUUUUUAACCAGCAGCUCCUAAAACUGGCAGCAGCCCACAUCAGAAAUACACCCGCUUCCUGACACCUUUCUGUGCUGGAUCCAUCUAAAAAGAUAGAUUCUCAAUGCUCAGCAGUAAUAGACUUGCAAAACAAGAGUUUCAGCUAAAUUAUUUACAGCAACCCUAUUAGUAUGAAGUCUCAGAGAGGGUUGAGACUGGAGGGGCUGCAGAUAGGCCUCUCUGUCUCUGUCAGGGUGUCACUGAUAAACAGGAGCGUCUGGUAGAUGGUGACACAGGAAACCGUGUUCAGAAGAGCAGGCCGAAACACAUCAUGGUUUCUCUGUUCUUGUUUUACCUUGUUUGACUUGGCUUUCAGAAGAGUACUGAGGUUGUGUGCCAUGAUAGCAUCUCUGUAUACCCUCCACCCAUCUCAACCUCCAAUGAAGGGGAGUAAAUGGGGAGUGGGGUCUAAAACUCAAAGGGAUCUAUGAUUAAUAUGUAGAUUGAAUUUUUGAUUUAUUUUUGUAAAGACUUUCAGUGAUGAAAAAGAGUCAUUAGCGACCUUGAAUGUACUUCAUAACAUCACAAUCAGAGCCACAAAUCUGUUCUUAAAGAGCAGCGGUUCCCUUAGAUGACUACAAACAAGCUGACAAGCAAAGACCUGAAACAUAAACACCAAGUAACCAUGUUUAGUCUAAUCUGAUGUGGAAUUAACCCAUCUCAAAAUGAAAGUUAGGAUUAGGGUUAUUUAUAACAAUGAUUAUCAAAUUAGAAGAAAAACCUUGGUGUUCUUCGGACUCUAUGGGAAUACCCUGUAGUCUUCCUGACUGAAUUUACGCUGGAGUCACAUUCAAAUUAAACUUCAUAUAACAAGAAGGUCUAGAUUGAACUCUUAUAAAACUGUUAAAUAGCACUUUUCACAGAGAGCCAACUUCAUGCACCAGUGUGAAAGCACUUAACAACAGUGGUGAGAAAACAUCCUGUAACAGUAACAGGCAGAAGACUCAUGGAGAACUGGACACAUGUUGGACAGCCUGAUCGGGCUGGCCUAGGUAAUAGGAUACAAAGGUAAUCAUAACGAUGGGAGUAGAAACAGGAGAAAUGUUAUGUCCUUUUCCUGUGUUAGCUUUUACUACGUACCCACUAUGUUAAGGGUCGGUUUUGACCCGUGUCUUAAAUCAGCUGUAAAUUACACUAAAAACAAUUCUCUAUCAGCCAAUUUGGUUCUCAUCUCUAGGUUAACUUGUGAGGCUUCAUUAUCCAUGAAAAUAUUACCCUCAUACAGACAUCUAUACUGAAUUGAUCUCACAUGUCUGGACAUGUCUGAAGUUGUUUUUGUGCAGGGAAAAACACGGCAAAAUGAGAAUUUACUAAAUCUCACAUGAUUAGAAGAAGAUCUGACUGUCAGUGUGGUGCCUGACAGUUCACUUAUGAUUUCAGUUUUUGCGCUAAUCAGUAGAUAUUGAUCUAACCAGAUCAACAGCGACCCUAACACGACAAGUGCCAUAAUUUUAGAGCAUUUUAUAAUUUAGUCAAUUUAAAUUUUUUAUUUUUAUUUUAUUGAAAUGGAGGUUCCUGACAAAGUCAUAAAGUCUUGAUGCAAAAAAGCUAAUUUAAGUUGUUCUUUUAAGCAUUUAAAAUCAAAAGCGGGUCGGUGCAGACCCUAACACAGGACGAGGGGGGUUAAAUAAACGUUAAAAAAGCUGUACUUCUGCCUUUUAAGAAUUUACUGAACGCUCCUUCAUGCAACUGGAGUCAGAUGCAUGAGUCUGCAGUGGGAGAAGAGGGGCACAUUGUGAGAUGUGAUGGUGGUUGACUAUUUAAACUUUUCUUAGAUGAGAAGAAAAAAGAGUUUUUAAAUUAUUUUCUCGGUUCAAAGGGGAGCCGGUGUGUUGUCACAGAUCUGUAAAUCAGCUGAGUUGUUCUAUUUAAUUACAGGGUGUUCGUCAACAGAAGUUUGACCCUGGAAAAUAUCAAGUGCUAUGGAUUUGACAUGGACUACACUAUGGCAUGUAUGUAAAAAGAUUGGUGUAGUACCAUAAUUACAUGAUCUAUCUGUUUUGUUUGGUGUUUUUUACUGAACUGUGAAUACGAGAAGUGUCAGCCUCAAGUGUUGUGCUGUGUGUGUGUUUGGUUGCAGUGUACCAAUCUCCAGACUAUGAGAGCCUCGGCUUUGAGAUGAUAAGAGACAGAAUGGUCUCGAAAGGGUACCCUCAUGAGAUUCUACGCUACACAUAUGACCCCAGCUUCCCCACACGGUAGGUUUUACAUCUGCCCCUGUAACAGAGUUUCCCAAAGCUUUCUGUUUGGUCAGGAUAAAUCCCCUGAAUGAACCAAAUAGUUAUCUGUUCUGGGUUACAUGUCAUAUAUGUGCCUUGCCUCUCCGUUCAUAUCAUGUCUUGGUAACCAUGUUUCACUGCCUUAUCUUUUUUCUCCCCACCCUCAGCGGUUUAGUGAUUGACUCCACGUACGGGAACCUCCUUAAAGUGGAUGCAAACGGGAACAUUUUAGUGUGCAGCCAUGGCUUUCGCUUCCUUCACGGGUAAAGUUUCAACUUUGACUAUACUCUGUAAAACUUAUUUGAACUCUUGAGCUCCAGAGACACACAGAACUAAAAAUGCAAAAGUUAUCGCUAAGAAUCAAACCAGCUUUAUACAGUUGAAUUAAAACUUUUAGAAGGAGUUACUUACUGAGACUCUUUUUACGACCUAUAAAAGCAGACUUGACCAUCAGCAAUAAUACUGAUAUUAUCUUUGCCUGUGAUUGAAGCCUCGGGGUAGGUGCAGGUUUUCUCAGCACACUGAGGUAACUGCUUUUACUAUGUUGUCCACUGCAGGUUUGUGGAAUCAGGUUUGUACACAUUUGACUCCAUUACAACUUUAUUUUUGUAACAAUAUGACUCAGAUUUCAUCAGAAAACAUUACAACUUGAUUUUCUUAUUUUCUUAUGUUUAUUCUUGUGAGAACAUGAUUUUCCUACAUCUUAAUGUUCAUGAGAAAAUGAUUUUACUGUGACUUUGUCCUUUAGAGACAGUGAAUUUUUUUUUAAAGUCUUGCUUGAAAAUGUUUAAAUCUUCAAGGAAAAAAAAACCCGAAAUCGUCAAACUCCCGUAAGGAACUUUUGGUUUAUGUCAGUUUUGGCGCCUCCUGUGGUUAAAGCAGUCUUCUUUUAUCUUGUCAUCUACAUGUUUUAGUGUCUUCUAACAAAAAAUUGCAUCUUUCUGACUUUAACAGUCAUAUCUAUUAUUAUUAUUAUUAUUGUAUGUGGACAUUGUAAAAAGGGGUUUUUCUCUUCAGGGGCUUAGCUUAUAUCUACCCCCUCACUCUGGUUUUAGUAACAAUAUAAAAAAAUGUUAAACUUGAUGUUCACUGAUGGUCUUGUUUUCUUCAAUAAAUCACACAAAAACAUCAAUAUCAAUUUUAAACAAUUCAAUGAAUGAAAAAAACGCUCCUUGCUGGAGCUUUAAAAACGUAAUAAUUUUAAUGUUUCCCCAACAAUCCAUCAUAAAGAAUGAGGUCUGUAUGUUAACUGAAACCUAGCGAAGUACCUUAAAGCCAGCUAUGUUUUGAUUCUGAUUUUGUACAGCAGUAAGGCAGCGCUUUGUCAACAUGUUGCAUUGGUUUUGUCGUAAUUUGCAUUAUUAAUCCUGUCAUUACUGUCAUAUGAAAUGAACUGACAUCUCAUACCUUCUCUUAUAAACAAGAAGCGUGUUGUUUUUCUUUGUUAUAAAUCACAAUGACUCAUUUGUUGGUAAACUUAAAUAUAAGAUUAUACUGAUGUAUAGACAGAUUUGUGUUAUUUUAGUUUGGUGAUACUGACCUGUCAUAUGUUUGUUAUCCACAGGGAAGAAAUUCUCAGUUACUACCCCAACAAGUUCAUCCAAAGAGGCGACACUGACCGAUUCUGCAUUCUUAACACCCUCUUCAAUCUCUCAGGUAUUAAACUGACUUAAAGAGCCAUUAAUAAUGUUAAAUUUAACAGUUUGUGCCAGAUUUUUUAUUUUAAUAAACUACAUUCAAAUGCUAAAAUUUCUGCAUGAUAAUAACAAUGUCUGAGUUGAUCAUUUUUGAUAUGUGUUUGCCCACUCGUAUCUGUUUUCAUGCGCCCUGCAGAGACAUAUCUGUACAGCUGUCUCGUGGACUUCUUCACCAGAAAUUCCAGAUACACAAAGUGAGUGACUAUUUUCCCCAAACUCUAAACUUUGACAUUCAAGAGAAUAUCAAACAAACUUCCCUGCACUGUCUCUGCUCUGUUGUAUCUCUCACAGCCUCGAGAAAGGUUUCCAGCACGGAGACUUGUAUAUGUCCUACAGAAGUAUGUAUCAGGAUGUUCGAGAUGCAAUGGACUUUAUUCAUGAUACGGUAUGUUUAUUAAUCUCUGUUCAAAGGAUACAGAAUGGUGCUGUGUUGGCAGCGUAGGAUAUCAGACUGUUGAACUUACUGUUUGUUGUACAGGGAGCCCUGAAAAGUCAAACCAUCAAGAAUUUGGAGAAAUAUGUCGUCUAUGAUGUGAGUAAACCCCCAGAAUUAUGUGUCAAGAUGUAUAUAAAGGUGGGGUAGGCAGGAUCUGAGGAAGUGCCGUUUUCUGGGAGAAAUCCUCGUCUCCCCUCCCUCUCUGCUUUAGCAAGCCCCGCCCACAAAUAGACGCUCCUGCUCACUCAUAUCAUUCCAAUUACUGUAAAUUCAGAUAUAAUGUAAAUAAAUACUUCUGAUAAUUACAAAUGGGGCCCAGUCAACAUGAAAGUAAAAAGCAUUGGUGCCACUGUAGAUGCCAACAGACUACCAGCAAACACAAUGUUUACAGGACUUCUACAACUAGGAUAAAGUGACAUAGUCCAGGACCAGAGGUAAACAGUUUAGCGGCGCUACAACACACAGCAGGUCCCGUUUGACAAGAAAGACUUCUGUUACAGACACUUGGCUUACUUUGUUAAAGCGGUUUACCUGUCCAGCAUAAAGGUUACAAGAGAGUAAGAUCCCGAAGCGCCCCCCAUCAUCGUUUACCCCACUUUUUUUAGCUGUUGUCCAGUCUACCUCCUUUUUAAGCGCUUGUCUUUCUGCCAGAGUCUCCGGUAUUUACCUCAUUGUCUUGCUUGUGUUGGCAGUCAUGGCUAAAGGAGGAUUAAGAAAAUUUUCUGUACUUUCUGGUUGGUUUCUACUGUCCGAUAUUGUAGCACGCUAACUUUGUUUGGGCUCAUGAACGACACGGGGGAGCAGCGUCUGCCUCACAACCAAUCAGGUCGAGGGAGGCGGAGAAUGGCUUUGUUUACAGUCAGAAAGAGUGGGCCGCUCAAAAUGUUUAAAAUGUUGACUACACAGACAGAACAAAACACAGCGAUAUUGUUAUAUCACCAAAUGUCAUCAAUAACUAAUAGCUAUUGACUGAUAUUAAAAGCUUUUUUGUAUAUACACCACAAAAAAAAAACUCCUGCCUAUCCCACCUUUAAGACUGACUUAAAAAAUAAAAAAAGAUUCAAAAGAGAGAAAUGAUUGUUUUGUUUCUUCCUGCAGCCAAAUCUCCCUGUUCUUCUGGGUCGGAUUAAAGAAGUGGCCAAAGUUUUCCUUGCCACCAACAGCGACUUUAACUACACUGAUGUAAGAUUACAAACAAUCAGCCACUUAACAAAUUACAGGACAAAUCAGCCUUUAAAUGGACUCAUUAUUACAACUUUUUGUCUUCUUUCUGUCAAGGCCAUCAUGAAAUACCUGCUCGAACGUAAUGUAAAGGUAAGGGCCCUUAAACUUCAGCUGGAAUAUUUGGAAAAUGUCUGUUUUAUUAAUUAAUCACUAACAUUUCUUUUCAUCCAAGUCUGGGAAGCCUCUGGGGUCAUGGCGCUCCUACUUUGACCUUAUCGUGGUCGACACCAGGAAGCCGCUGUUCUUUGCAGAGGGAACCGUGCUGAGACAAGUGGACACAGUAUGAGAGCCUCUUCAUACUUAAAGAUUUACAUAUUUAAGUAAAAUGCAGGUUCUAAAGAUGUGUUGGUUUCACAGGACACAGGAAAGCUGCGGAUUGGCACGUACGUAGGUGAGCUUGAACACGGGACAGUUUACUCUGGAGGUAGGAUCAUUAUGUGGUUCUUCUUUAUUCCAUGUCGGGCUUUUGACUGAAACUUUGAACUCAUUUUGAACAAACUUCUGUCUUUCUGUUGCAGGAUCUUCAGACAUCAUUUGUGAUCUGCUGAACGUCAAAGGUAAAGACAUCCUCUACGUCGGCGACCAUAUCUUCGGCGACAUCCUUAAAUCCAAGAAGCGUCAGGGCUGGAAGACUUUUCUGGUCGUACCUGAACUCGGCAAGGAGCUGAAGGUGUGGGAGGAAAGGAAAAGUAAGAACAAGUUUACAGCAUCUGGUUUCUGAAUACGAUGAUUCAAAGAUCCGAGUCAUGAUCAUUUGGGGGUUUUGAGAGUCCUGACCACUUUCUUGUUUUUGCAGAAUUGUUUGAAGAACUGAACAGUCUUGACAUCAUCUUAGCUGGGAUUUACAAGUAAGUCUGUGUCCAAAUGUACAUUUAAUUUUAGUAACGUUGUUGUCAUGACUGCUGCAUAUUUUUGUUAUUUUCCCGUGAAGAUGGAGUUACCUGAAUGAGGAAUUUUUUGGUUUGUGGUAGUUUUUGUACCUCCUGUGAACAAAGCAGUCUUUGCUUAUCUUGUCCUCUAAAUGCUCAAAGAGGGGGUAUCAUGCAUUUUUAAGUAAGUAAGUAAUAAUGUAAGUAAAGUUGAUUUAUAGAGCACUUUUCACAGAUAAAAAUCACAAAGCACUGUAGAUAAAAAGUGCAAUUAGAUGAAGAUAAAAUGGUACCGAAAAAUGAAUAAAUAAGUACAUAUACAUACGAAUACAGUACAGUAAAUAUGGAAAUAAAUGCAGAUAUAAAAGGUAAGUAAAAGAGACAAACGAAACCCUGUUAAUUAAAAGCUUGUCUAAAUAAAAAAGUCUUUAACUGCUUUUUGGAAGUUUUUAGACUCUAUACUUCUUUUCUGAUACCUCUCAAAAGCGUUACAUAAUUUUCAGAUCAAAAAUGUCUCCGAUUUCUCUCUCUGGUGUGUUAAAAUAUCAGUAUUUAAGCAUCCAUCUAAAAUGCUGCAUUUUAGCUGCUGUCUCUUUGAACCCUCCCCCUCCACAAGCCUACUGUCUUCUGAUUGGCCGCCUCUCCAGAUGCUUUCUGGUAGCCGGCAGAGGGCAGAGCUCCGUGUUUUGGCCUCGCCUUCCUCUAUUGUGUUCAAUCAGUAGAGCAGCGGAGCAGUGUUACCCCGCUCCGCUGUGGGUGUCACCUCACACGCUGUUGGAGGCAGGCUGUUCCGCUUUGCAGAAGUUCUCAGAUGAACUGGUAAGGAGAGCCCAUAAUGCCUUGUAGGCGUUCAGUGGGCCUCGCGUCUUCGCACAGAUUCCCGUUUUGAGCAGUUUACAUCUAUUUUCAGAGAUAAUGACAACAUAUGUUUGCAAAUUGAUCAUUUAUUGAUUAUUUUAAGUGGAAAUUGUAAAAACAGCAAAUUUUUUUCACUAUUUGGCUGACUCUGAAGCAUUGUUAAUAAGGAUACAAAAAUGGCCAAUCUUGCCUCUUGUUUGCUUUUGGAUAUCAUGAUAAAGCAUCCUUCUGAAUUUAAGUCUAAUUUAUGAAGGUAAAAAAAUUGUCAAGGGAGCUUUAAAGGGAUAUUCCGGCGUAAAAUUAAUUUAGGAUCAAACACACCAUAACACCGAGUUAGACACCCCCUCGAGAGAUGAAUGUUGCCGACUGCUUGCUUCUCUUUUUUUACCAACUUUAGGAACGACUGCAGGAUAGCAACACACAGCGGUCUGAGGAGCCAUAAACAAACCUUAACCAAAACGCCACUCUAUAGCUACAAAUAGUGUUCAGAACAGCACCUAACUUCAUCAACAGUACAUAUAGGGUCCUAGCCAUAGUACUAGUCACCAAAGAGACUUAACACAACUCACCUACUCUCCUCCAGCAGCCGCUUGUGUGUAGCAAGACUUCAGGCCAGUCCUCUGCUGUGGGUUGACGCAGCUCAAGGAAGUACAUUUAUGAUAAUUUUCUCAUGGAAAUGCAAUCAGACCAAGACAUAAAGGCAGAAGAACUAUCGCGUCUGCAGUGCAAAAUGAUUAAUAUUAUUACUUCAAGGAAAUGAUAAAGAAAUGAUCAUAAAUAUAAAACAAGCAGUCGGCAACAUUCAUCUCUCGAGGGGGUGUCUAACUAGGUGUUACGGUGUGUUUUGACUCUAAUUAAUUUUUUGCUGGAAUAUCCCUUUAAGUAACUUAUCCCUUUCUGUAUUUUACAUCUGAAGGCACCUGGAUCGUAGCAGUGUAAAGUCCUACGACAUUGGAGCCAUCCAGACAAGGAUGAAGGUGAGCGGCACACAUGACUACUAUAAAUUCACCACAUGUUGAAGCUGUAAAGAAAAAAACUUCUCCACCACCAUCAACUUAAGCAGCUCUGUUUAUUGGUCUUUGUCUUUAUCAUGAGCUCUUUACUAUGGGGUUGUGUUUGCAGGUGUUGACCUACAGGAUGGACAUGUCCUACGGUCAGAUGGGAAGCCUCCUGCGCAGCGGAGCCAGACAGACGCUGUUUGCCAGCCAGCUUGUGCGUUACGCAGAUCUCUACUCUUCCACUUGCACCAACCUGCUGUACUACCCCCUGAAUUAUCUCUUCAUUGCCCCUCCAGUGCUGGUCUGUACUCAGCCUUACUCACACACCUGUACAGAAAACCUGUCUGAGCUUCUCUUUUAUUGGUUAUCACCUUUUCCUUCCUCUUUCAGAUGCCACAUGAAGUACCGCCUCACCCAGCAGCUGAGUUUGUGACUCCAGAGCUCUCUGAUAUUGUCAAGAUCAUCAUAAGCUAAGGUAAUCCUCAUUGUCCUUCAGCUCAGUGAUAUCUUAAUCCAUAAUUAUUUGAUUUUCUUCACUCUUUCCUCUGAUCAUGUCUCCCUCUUGCAGCAGAUGGAGACGCUCCAGAAAACUCAGACGUGUUGCAUCUUUGCACUUGUCCUUGUUUACAUGCUGCCACGAUGCGCCUCCUUUACUUAAACUAACUUAUUGCUCCAUCUAGUGGUGAUGAAGUGCUUUGCAGUGCGAUGUUUAUUUAAUUAACCCUUAAAUUAUAUUGAGUUAUUAAACUUCACUAAAUUGUCUUCAGGUGUUUGUACCUGCUGGUGAAUGAGCACUUUUAAUGUCAGGUUUGUGUAAUGUAAUGGUUUUUCAAGAGUAACUUCUUACUUUGUCUUUCCAUUUAGUUCUUUUAAGUUAAAAGUUAUUGUAUAUGUGUUUAUUGUUUUAUUAAAGCACAUUGAUUUGAAUAAACAUGCCUAUGACGUCAUCAGUGUAAUUGUUAAAGGACUCUCUGGUGAGGUUAUGAUUGUUUGGAGGUGUGAAAAGGAGGCUGCAUUUUUAAAGGUGAUUUCUACAGAGUUUAGACUGUAGUUUGUUGAAUUUCAUUCACACAAAAGUGUACACAGCACAAGAGCCCGAACACUGUAUUUUCUAUCAUUUCCUUUUUUUUUAAUUCACUGAUGUAAACAGAAAAUCUGUCAUCUAAACAAGCAGUGGCAAGAAUUUUAGAGAAAGUGGUUUAAUCCUGGACUCAUCGAGCCUCAACUUUGACUUCAUGAAAUUUUAAGUACAGAGGAAAUAAUGAUUUUUCAUUUGGAUGAACCUCAUUGUAUUACCUCAGUUGACCACUGGAUGGCAGUGAAUCUGCAACACAGACAUCGCUAUGUCAGUAUCAGGAGACAGAAAGAGUCUAGAGUUCAAAGAUUGAGAUUUUAAUCCUAUUUUCUUUCAAUUCAACGCAAACAAGCUUCUUCUUCAGUGAACAUCAGCAGUGCAUUCACUCACAAACAAUCAAACAAACAAACACUAUAAUCACACUGACUGUCAUAAAUCUGUGAUAUCUGUGAUCAUUUUUGCUCUAAUGAAUCCCUAACCCUGACCCUAGGCACAAACAUCAGAAGUGGAUAAAUUAUUUGGGCCUUUCAGACACAAAAAGAAACAAAGAAAGAAAGAAAGAAAGAAAGAAAUACGGACGGAUAGACAGACAGACAGAAAGAAAAAGAAAGAAGAAACCCCACAUUGUGUAACUUCACUUGUUCAGGCCGGUCAAAGUGUUAGUGGAGCUACUUUCUGAAGCUUAAUCUGAUGUGAUUGAUUUGUGGAUUUAUUGGUUGUUAGAAUUUGAAAAGUGGAGCUGAAGCUGUCAGGUGGAGUGAGGAGGAGCAGAGCAGAUGUGUAAAGUAACAUCAAAUGAAAACGCCUAAACAGAGUACAGGUGCUUCAAAAAUGUUCUCAUGCUCCUCUAAACUGUUUGGUUCUGACAGUCUGUCUCCAGUUAGACCUGAAGCUUUUCUCUGAGCGCUGUCACACUUCAGAGAGAGCUGACAGGAAUGUGUUGUCUCUCUGCCUCACACACACACACACUCUCUCUCUCUCUCUCUCUCUCUCUCUCUCUCUCUCUCUCUCUCUCUCUCUCUUUCUCUCUCUCUCAGGGUUUGAUAUCACUGCUCACUUGUGAUUAUGUAUGACUGUUUUUUCUCUCUCAGGAAACUACUGUGGAGAUCUCGGAGUGCUCAGACUAUCACAGGUUUCCCGCUGCUUUUGUCUACCAUCACUUUAUGGAGCACCAUCACUGCUCUGAUAUUGUGAGUCUCAUCUUAAUAUUCACAGAGGUGGAGCAGAUGACAUAACACAGUGUCGACAGAUGUCAAGAGGCAGGUGAAACUUUGGCCCAAACCAACAGGCGAUAAAACUAAAUAUUAUCACGCAGAUUUAGAGCUAUGUUUUACUCACCGUGUCAACUUGAAUGUUACCAAUUCUGCACAUUUGCUUUAGGGAAAUACUGUCGACAGGCGAGCUGUUCCUUAUCUGUUGAGGGUCUUCACAAGAGUCGCCUCAAACUGAGUUCAACUUUGUGUUUUCUCUCUGUAGUUUUGUUUCCACUUAACUUCCUUUCAGCUGUUUCGUUUUAUUCUUGCUCCUCCACUUUAAAAGCUGUGGACAGGUUCACUUUGUAACACACCCUCCCUGCACACUCGGACACCUAAAUACACACACAAGUGUUUCCUAGAUGAUUCAAUUUCCUCUAUCAGGGCUAUUUCCGUUUCUUCGGAUUUCCUUCCUUAUUGUCUGCUUGUCACCUGGAUUUAUUGUUGUUUGGUGCCUUUUUUUGUCUGAUUUUAUUGAAAUUCUCAGGGUUUAUUUUCUCAGCUGCACUAGGCCAAAACUUUUUUUUCCUUUCAUGCUAACAUUAAACUAUUCUCUCAUCACUUCUCCUUCCAUUCUGUCAUCUCAAAAUCGGGUAUUUUAAGUUUAACGCAACAAAUUAAAUUGUGUAAUUCGAAGUUUAUCGCACCAGUUCUAACUCACUGCAUUUUAUAAUUCGAACAGCAUGAAGCCGAAGCGCUUAUCCUGUCAUUGUAGAGACAGACAGCAGACAUAACAGUAAACUGGAGCUCUGUAUCUUUAUCCAUACAAAACUGUAGAAAUGAAAAGAAGUAUAUCUCAAGAGAAUUGCUAGAAAUAUUCAGACUGCAAACAAAGUUUCACUUCUGGUUCAUUAAAAUCCUCCUCAAAACAACACUCCUUUCAAUGAUGGUCCUAGAAUAAGAGCACAUUUUCUGUCGAAUUGAAGAAAAUUGUUCUAAAAAGGAGGUUAAAUUGAUUUUUUCUACUCUGAUAAACACAAACUCAACCAUCCCCUUACUGAGAUGUAUCAUACAAGCAAUGCCUCCUCAUAUCUGUGUACCUGUGUUGUUUUAUAGCAUCAACCACAUGCAGAAAACAGAAAUUUGUAUAGCUUGAAAUAAUAAAACAGAUCAACGUCACAUAAUAAA